AGGCAGGUUGAAAAAGAAUGGAGAGAGAGAUGAAAAAGGGAAGGGAAGGGAAAAGUGAAGGAGGGGAAGCAGAAAAGGUGGAAAAUUUAGGAGAAAAGUUGAAGAGAGGGGUAUUGGUGGGGAAAAGUAAGGGUCCCUGCACUCCAGUGCCCUCUUGGAAGCUACUUUGGGGGAACAACAACAUCAUUCAUCAGCAUCACUCUCUGAAUCCACACCAUCAUCCCCACUCCGCCACCGUCUCUGCUAGGAAGCUCGCCGCCGCUCUCUGGGAAUUCCACCACUACUUCCCUAUCUUCCCAAUGCAUCGUGCUAACGGCGCCGCUCCCGCUGCUGCACCUGGUGGCCGCCACCAUUACAACCUUCACAAGGACAAGGCUCCCGACAUCUCCAACUUCUUCCCUGACGCUUCCACCGCUUCCCCUGAUCAUAUAUGGAUCUAUAAUUUGAAACUUUUCAUUCAUCAGCCAGCUAGUGCAAGCAGUUUGAGGAGGCAUGUUGCGGCGUCACUAAUGCAGCAUCAUCGAGCAAUUGAGAGAAAUAAGAAUAACCAUGCACUGCAACCUCUAUCUCCUGCAAGUUAUGGUAGCUCCAUGGAGAUGACACCUUAUAACCCUGCUGCAACUCCUAGCAGUUCCUUGGAAUUUAAGGGAAGGAUUGGUGAGUCCCGUUAUAGUCUCAAAACAUCCACAGAAUUGCUAAAAGUGUUAAACAGGAUAUGGAGUUUGGAAGAACAGCAUGCUUCUAACAUUUCAUUGAUAAAAGCAUUAAAAGCGGAGCUAGAUCAUGCACGAAUCAGGGUCAAAGAGUUGCUUCGGGACCGGCAAGUGGAUCGACAAGAGAUUGAUGAUCUCAUGAAGCAAAUUGCAGAGGAAAAAUUAGUUAGGAAGAGUAAGGAGCAAGAUAGACUCCAUGCUGCCGUUCAAUCUGUGAGGGAUGAACUUGAGGAUGAAAGGAAACUAAGGAAAAGGUCAGAGAGCAUACACAGGAAAUUAGCUCGGGAGUUUUCUGAGGUUAAGUCUUCUUUUACUGUUGCUCUGAAAGAAUUGGAGCAAGAGAGAGCAAGAAGAAAAUUGUUGGAGGACCUCUGCGAUGAAUUUGCUAGGGGAAUAAACGAAUAUGAGCAAGAGGUGCAUGCUCUGAAACACAAGUCUGAUAAGGAUCAGGUACAAGCCAUGGAUAAUGACCGUUUGAUUCUCCACAUAUCUGAAUCAUGGCUUGAUGAGCGUGUGCAGAUGCAGCUAGAAGCAGCCCAGAAUGGUUUUACGGAUAAGAAGUCCAUUGUCGAUAAACUAAGCCUUGAAAUCGAGACUUUCCUUAAAGCCAAAAAAAAUAGCAGAAGUACAGAAAAUAUGGUGUUGAGGGAUCGCCGGAAUUCCUUGGAAUCAGUUCCGCUUAAUGAUGUUGUCAGUGCACCACGAGAUGUGGGCGAUGAGGAUGAUUCCGCGGGCAGUGAUUCAAACUGCUUUGAGCUAAAUAAGCCAAACAAUAGAGGAGCUAAAGCACGUGAAGAAGAGCCUGCGGACAAUACUCUUGAUGAGUCAUUGAAGUCCAACGCCAGGAAGAAAAAACCAGUCACUCAAGAAGGGUUAAAAGAUCGCAGCCCAUCUAACUUGCAAGUGAAGUUUGAAGAACAGAUGGCUUGGGCUAUGUCAUCCAAUUCAAACAAGAAGUCGCAAUCAAUUGAUGCAGAAGAGGGUAAGGGCACAACAGAUACACGAGCAGCUGAAGGAACUAUAUCUGAGAAGUACGAACAUGGACACGGUGAGUGUCUAGAAAGUGUAGGUUCGGAGCGGAAAAUGAACCGGAGUGAAUUGCACAGCUCCAAUAAGAAUCACAUAACUGAUAAUGUGAUCAUAGGUCAACUACUGGCAUCAGAGAGUGGCGUGAGCAUGCAUGGAGAGGCAUCGUGCAGCAAUGCUGGGUGGAGGAAGCAAGCAAGCCCUGUGAGGCAGUGGAUGUCAAGUCUUGCACCCCAAUCCCAAGAUCAUCAUGGCAUAUCUGAGGCUCCCAAAGCAUUGAAGGAGAAUACUUUGAGAGCAAAACUCAUGGAAGCAAGGUCCAAGGGGCAGAGGUCUCGUUUGAAAGCCCUCAAGGGCUCCUUUUAGAAGACCACUCAUUCUUUUUUUUUCCCCUCCUUUCUGCUUUCUUGAUAAUAUUUAUCUUACCUGUGUAUGUUACAUAUUUCACGUCCGGGGUGGGGUUAUUUCUGUAUACCAGUUGUAGAUGGCUGUGUUGUGUAAUGGUGUCUUAACGUAUCAGAUUGACCUUUUACAAGUUAAAAGGCAAACUUACAAUUUUGUCUAGUCUUCCUGCUUCUUGUAUAACCAGCAUGUAUAAUGUUAUGUUACAUGAAUCUUGGUCUCAAGGAACCCUUAAAUGUCU